AACAAUUCUCAAGUCUCAAGAACAAGAAGCCAAUCCAAUGGCACUUAAUGGAAAUCACAGUGAACUCCCACAAGUUCUGGUACUUCUCCCACCUGGGUGCUUCACUCUCUUGGAGUCCAACUACUCCCACAAGUUCAAGUUCCUCAAAGCUUGGGACUCUCCUCUCCCUCAAGACCAGUUCUUGGCCACACAUGCAGGCUCUGUUCAGGCCUUGCUGUCCUCUGUCAAAGGACCAACCAUCACUGCCAAUAUCCUACAAAUGCUGCCCUCCUUGAAGGUCAUUGUCACCACCGGCGCUGGCAUUGACCAUCUUGACUUAGCCGAGUGUCGAAGCCGCGGUGUUGCCAUUGCCAGUACCCCUAAAAUCUUCACUGAGGAUGUUGCUGAUAUGGCUGUGGGGCUGCUUCUUGAUGUCAUGAGAAAGAUUUCGGCUGGGGAUCGGUAUGUCAGAGACGGGCUUUGGGCUACCAGAGGAGACUAUGCUCUCGGUUCUAAGAUAGGAGGCAACCGAGUUGGGAUUGUUGGCUUGGGAAACAUUGGCGUAGAAGUUGCCAAAAGACUUGAGGCCUUUGGCUGCAACAUAUUGUACAACUCAAGGACAGAAAAGCCAUUCGUUUCAUACCCUUUCUAUUCUGAUAUCUGUGAACUAGCUGCUAACAGUGACGCCCUUGUCAUUUGUUGUGCAUUGACUGCUGAAACCCACCACCUGAUCAACAAGAAAGUCUCGUUAAAGCUGGGAAGAGAUGGCGUGAUUGUAAACGUAGGACGCGGAGCUAUCAUCGAUGAGAAGGAAAUGGUGCGGUGUUUGGUGAAAGGAGAGAUUGGAGGUGCUGGUUUGGAUGUGUUUGAGGAUGAGCCUGAAGUUCCUGAAGAGCUCUUUGCAUUGGACAAUGUUGUACUGUCACCACAUUAUGCUACCUACACACCAGAAUGUUUCAUGGCUUUGUGUGAACUAGUAGCAGGGAAUUUCGAAGCUUUCUUCUCAAAUAAACCGUUGCUUUCACCGGCUGUGGAUAAUUAAAUAGAUUUCUAUUUGCAGGUUAGAGUCUCCAUGACUUUUUGCAUCAUCUUGCAUGCCAUUUUGGUUUGUUUCCCUGGGAAUGGUUCAUACAGAAACCACUUGCAAUGGAGCUUGAGCCAUUUCUGUUCUAAUGUUUCUUCUAGUAAGGUUCGUGCACUUUUAUGAAUCGAUGCAGGGGACCAAAUGUUGAUGUGAUGAAUGGGGCUAUUAGAGAGUACAAAGAUGAAGAACUGAGGUGUUAUCGUUACUGGUAUAUUUGAGAGUUGUAUGAUCUGCAUGCAGCAGACGGUGUAGAUUUGCUUGCCAAAUAAAAUGAUUGUUAACUCAAGAGGAUGCUUGUUUGUAUAAAAUGCUUUUUGGUCCAGCUUCCUUGAGCAGUUGGAAUAUAAGUUCUAUGCUCCCGUUACACGUCUCCGCUUUCUUCCUAUCUAUUUCCUCAUGUGAGUCACAUGAGGAGAGAGAUGGGAAGAGACAAAGGGGAGAUGUGAGGUGCAAAAUUAUUUGUAGGAUUUUCUUAGACACUUUUGUUGUGAAAUACAAUCAGUUUGACAAUCACAAUUAUUUUGCUGACACUGGAAAUGAAUAUUUUGUGUCAUUUCAA